CCACAUUUUGUAGUGAAUAAAUUGUAAAAGAGGAAGCAUCAUACAUGCCGAAAAAUUUACAAUUACGUGAAUGAGGGAACGGUUUAAUAUUUAAAAACCGUACAAUAUGCUGCGUACAACACAAGUGUUUAGCUUAAUCAAUAAAACUGCACGUAGAUUGGCCAUUUGCAGUAGGUAUGCAUCCAGUUCCUCCAUAACCGAUGCCCCUGAACACGAAGAACAAGUUGCCGGAGCGGCUAGCAAAAAACUUCCACCUCGUCUGCCAUUAGCCAAGAACUUCUUCGUCGGUUUAGUGGACAAUGAACUGUUGGCCUUCCCCGAAGUUAUUAACCGUGAAGAUAUGUCAAGGCUGCAAAAUGAAUUGCUGCCAUUGAAGAAUUUCUUUACUGAGGACUUAAGUAACGAAACUUUGAGCGGUGAGUCCUUGCCAAAAGAUUUGCCCGAGAAUUUGAAAACCCUGGGCCUUUAUGGUUUAAAUGUCUCCAAGGACUUUGAUGGUAAAGGCUGGGGUUACAGUGAAAGUUUAAUGGCCACUGAACCAGAAUCGGCGGUCACCGAUGUGGCAUUGGGUCUUUUGGGGCACCGUGCCAUUGUAGAUGUUAUACAAGAACUGGGAACGGAUGAACAGAAAAGUCAGCUCUUAACCAAAUUGGGAAACGGUUCUCUAGUGGCAUCUGAGGCCAUAUUUGAAUUCGAUGGCGCUGAAGAUGAUUUUUUCAAUACAACAGCCCAUCACGAACUUGAUACCCAUACCUGGGUUCUUAAUGGUGGCAAGGCUUUUGUCAUUUGUCCACCGAAAACGUCCGACGCUGCCCAUCUUUUCCUCGUCGUGGCUCAGACAAGUAAAGCUAAUGUUAAAACGGAGGCCGCACGUGCCACAACCAUAUUCCUUGUGGAUUCAACCAUGUCAGGUGUUAAGAUUGGCGAUCGACAUUCAACUAUUGGCUGUGGUGCUAGUUCUAUUCGUCAUGUACAAUUUGAAAAUGUUCGAGUGCCUCAAUCUUGUAUUUUGGGACAUGCUCAUGAGGGAAAUGUUGUUGCCGAUACCUUGCUGAAAUCCAGCCGACUUCGUAAUAGCAUGGUUGGCUUGGGUUUGGCAAAGAAUAUACUCAAUGAAAUUUCUCAGGAAUGUAUUGAUCGCAAGUUGUGCGGUGUGGUAAUGAAAGAUUUGGAAUCAGUUCAAACCCAUUUGGCAAAAUCAUAUUUAUCCGUUUAUAGCAUGGAAAGUAUGAUUUAUAUGACAGCAGGUAUUCUGGAUGAGUUCAAUUAUCCGGAUAUAGUUGUGGAAUCGGCUAUGACAAAGUAUUUCACACUCAAGGAGCUGUUGAAUAUUUCGAUACGUGCCCUGGAUUUAAUUGGACCAAAAUCACUGAUUGCUGGACAAACCACCGAACAAUUUUUCCGCAAUGCUGCACAUCUUUACACGCAAGGAGAGUCCAUAGACAAUUUAAGUAUUUUCAUUGCCUUGGCUGGUCUGCAGCAUGCUGGAACUCUGAUGGGAGACACUAUACGCAAACAGCGUAAUCCCCUCUACAAUCCUGGUCACAUUUUCUCCAAAUUCAUGGAACGUUCCACGAUUGACAGUCCUGUUACAAAAAUGGACUGCAAAGAACAUGUGCAUCCCACUCUAGAACCUGCUGCCUUGUGUUUGGAACAUUCAGUGGCUCGACUGCAAAUGUGUGUUGAUUUGCUAUUUACCCGCUAUGGUAGCGCCAUUGUUGAACGACACAACGAAUCGAGGCGUAUAGCUGAUAUGGCCACAACAAUUUAUGCCAUGUUUGCAAGUUUAGCACGUGCAUCACGUUCAUAUUGUAUAGGUUUGCAACAUGCUGAUCAUGAAAUGCUUACAGCCAUGUCAGUGUGUGUCGAUGGUCGGGAUAAGGUGUUGACUUUAACGAAAGAAAUUUUCAAUGGAAGCUAUGUAAAUAAUGAUAACAAUUUGCAACGUCUAUCCAAGCAACUGGUCAAAAGCAAAGGUUAUUUUGCAAUGCAUCCGUUGACGUAUAAUUUUUAAUUUGUUGAGUUUUUGGACAACUAAUUUAGUUUAAAUAAAUUAAAUAAGAAUAAAAUGUAUUUAAUUCUA